AUGACCACACGACCCAGGCGGAAAGGCGCCGGGAACAAGAACUACCUGGAUGCCCUUCCAGAGCCUCUUUUGGAGGACCAGGAUGUUCAGGCUGUGGCUCCGAAACUGGCUGCUUCCGGUCGGAAACCAAAGAAAUCAACGCCGCUUCCGGCUUCGACGGGUAAACUACCGUACAACUGGCAGCCGCCUGUCGGUCCUGGGGACUACUUUUCCAAUAAGCUCAAUUUGGAGGGUGCCUAUGUGGAUACGGUUCAACAGAGCCUAUACUGUCCAGAGCACCCCAGCUUUCAUCUCAGGGAGCCUGAAGAUCCGCUGGCCCGUCCUACUUCAAGACGCCGUAAGGAGCCUUACUUUUGUCUACGCAAAGGUGACUACAUCUACAUGGUGAGUGAGCCUCCAGGAGAACCAUACUACAUUGGACGAGUCAUGGGCUUUGCUCGGAAACGGAAAACCACGGAGGAGACUGAAAACCCGUUGGUGGACGCUUCUCUCUUUGUUUUCCAGAUCCAGUGGUUCUACAGGCCAAGGGACAUCUCCAAGCAUACGCUGGACUCUCAGCUUCAGGGCGUCGUGACGGUGAAACACAAGCUGGAGAUUGAUACCACUCCGAAACUCGCCAGAGAAGGUACACCCAUGCUGCCGCUUGAGGCCUACUGCCUGAUUCCAAACUGCUUCUACUUUGACAAGUUGUUUGACCGCUACAUGAUCAAAUUUUACGAUAUCAUCAAAACGUCGCUGCUUCUCCAGUACGUCAGCAACACCGCCAACAACAGUCAGAACUACAUCCUUGCACUCAACAAGCGCUUUGAGUUCAUCUUCAUGGAGCCUUCGCGGAGCAAGCAGUUCAUCGCUAACUUUGAGUCCAACCUGAGCUCGCAUUGUGACGUUUGUUCUGAAUGGUGUGCUCCCAACGAGCUGGUCACCUGUGCUGGUUGCGAGAAGCACUUCCACAUGCUCUGUCUUGAUCCUCCGCUUCUAAAGAAACCCAGCCGAGGCUUCAGUUGGUCUUGUGCGCUUUGUACGAAGAAACACGAGCUCGAGUACCAGAGCAAAAAGAUGGUGAUGCUUUCUCACGACAACAGGUCGUCGAACGAGAAGGAAAUCUCCGAAAUGAGCGACCACAUCCCUUCAUCUCCCGAGGAGCCAGUGGAAACGCCGAGAAAGUCGCCUGAGGUAUCCCUACCUAAAUACGAGGUGAUGGCCAAGGACUUCUUGGACAACGACGCCGAUUUGUCUGUAGAAGACAGAAGGCUCAAGGAGGAAUGGAGCAUGCGCUACUUGGGUAUUCACACACGUCUUGAGGACGCUGUCGAUCUCGAUGACCGUUCUCCGUACCCCAGAGCAUCCACAAGUUUGGGACCAAAAUAUCAAGCCUCAAACGUUCCAGAGUACAUCGACCACCCCAUAGUGUACUAUGAUAACCCGAAAGCCGCUGAAAAUGGCAAAAAGAAGGCUCCAGGGAAAAGAGGGGCCAAGAAGAAAACAGUGGAGGAGGAAACCAAGAGUCUACCGCUUCCGAAAGAGUUUGAGGACGUGCCUCCCAAAGAGUACCCUCAGUGGCUUCAACCUCGGCCUAAGGGCUAUGUCGAACGUGGUGUCGAUGAUGGUGAUGGAGAAACUUGCACACUUCUAUGGAAAAAUAGAGAAGAAGAUGUUGCAGAUAACUUUGCCACUUUUGACGACUACGUGAGGGCCUGCAACCCCAUUGCCCAGCGACUCAACAUGUACCCAACCUCUCCAAACUUCGUGGACGCAAUCUUAAAAAUUUGGUUGGAGUGCAUGGGUGAUGCUGUGGUUGCAGUGGAGAGAGUCUCUCAACUUACUAGAGCCACUCUCAAGGAACCCACUUUCUCAGCUGAAGAAGUCAAGCGUUUUGAAAACGGUGUCAAAAAGAAUGGUAGUGAGCUCUACCCCACAUACAAGCUCGUGAAGUCCCAACCCUGCUCAAUGGUCGUGAGAUUCUACUACUUGUGGAAGAAGAGUCCGAGAGGUCGUCAGAUUUGGGGCAAUUUCCCUGGUAGAAAGAAGAAGCUGAGCUCUACAAAGGAGGAGAAACCAGCGAAGGAGAUGGACCACAUGAUCGACAGCGAUGACGAUUCUUCGUACGAAAACGAGAAGAUCGUGGUCAAAAGGCGUAAGUUCCGCUGCAAGCAUUGUAAGACUUACAGAUCCACACAAUGGUUCCGCAUCACUGGUUUUGAUGAGAACACCAAGUACGACGAAAGCAUAGAGGCGGACGACAUUGAUCCUGAAGCCGUUCACGGUUUAUGUUUCCGUUGCGCUAAACUUUGGAGACGUUACGCUGUUUACUGGGAAGACCCUCAUGAGGUUGAACGGAGGAACACCAGAGGCAUAGGAGGAUACAAAAAGAAAGUGGAGGCUGAGUUGGUUGCUGAUGCUGAAAGAAUAUUGACGAAAGCUCAAAUGGAAGGCGGAGGUCUUUCAUAUGAUCCUGAAAACCUUAGACCAGGCGAGAGUUCAGUCUUGCUUCUCAAUACUCCAAUGGUGAAAACUGAGCCAGAACAGAAUGGCUACUCGAAACGAGUGGCUGCAAUUGCUAAUGUCACUGUUCCUUCUCCAACGACACUACCUGAUAUAGUGUUGCCUAGAGCAGCUGCAAAACCUAGGGCUCCAAAGUCAACAGCAGUGUCUACAAAGGUUUCCAAUAAUGGCACGAAGGCUGCUCCUGCCACAACAAAGCGUGCUAAUGGCAGAGCAGACACUAAGUUGAAGCAAGAGGAGCCUCCUGAGAAAAAGCGCAAGCCUCUCACAUCUACCAAUGGUGUUGCAAAGACUGAAACCAAACCAAAGCCAAGAAAGAAGUCCCCUGUUAAAGAAGAUAGCAAGGAGGACUCAGUGGCGCCACAAAAAGAGAAGCUUGAUGGUAAAAAGACGAUCACAACAGCGGCAAACAAAAAGAGGACUCAACAAGAAACCAAGGAGAAGGAUGCAUCCGUUCAGCCACCAAAACAGAAGAGACAAAAACGUGCAUCUUCAUCCGAAUCUGUGGUGGCCAGUCCAAUUCUCAAUUCGGACUACAGAGUCUCGGCCUCCGCGGGCCCUCUUGUCAAAGUUGAUAAAAAACUGUACUCCAAGCUUGAUGAAAAGAUGCUCCACGAGCUCAUCACGACAUUCAAAAGCCGUCAAUUGGUUGACCUCAAGCUGCUCAUGCAAGCAUUCCAGGCCCCAUCUCAGGCCAACAUUGAGCUUCCAUUCUCUGUGAAUGACAGAAACUGCUGUGUUUGCAUGGAGUAUGACGACAAGGAUGACUCUUUGCUCGAGAUGUUGAUUUGUUCCAAUUGUGGUGUCAAUGUUCAUGCAUCUUGUGCUGGAAUCGGCAUUUCAGGCAAGCAAAAACCUGUGAAGCAAUGGCUUUGUGAUGCUUGCGUGAAUGAUCUUAGUCCUCAUUAUACCACGACUUACUCUUGCUGUCUUUGUCUUGCAAAUGAGCUGAAUCACGAGAUGUCGAUCUUGGGUUCGCCAUUGGUGAAGCCUGACUAUCUCAUGCCGGUACUUGACUCAGGAAAGUGGGUGCACCUACUCUGUGCGUUGUUCUCGCACAAUCACAUCUCGUUCCGAAAUGUUUCAACUCCUUCAUUCGUGUCUAAGGAAAUCUUAAAUUCCACGAGCACGAAGCAAUUGGGUUGUGCUGUCGAAAGUGUAUCCAAUGUGUUUUUGGAGAACUACACCAGCCGAUGCAGCAUCUGUAAGUCGCUUAGUGGAGCUAUGAUACUGUGUGAUGGCUGCAAAGACCUGGACGAGAAAUUCCACAUAACCUGUGCCCAGGACACCAACAACUUCAAGCUUGGCUUCAAGCUUGUGCCUCAGAAGAUCUCCAAAUCCAACACCAACACAUACAUUGGAGACGAGGUAGGCAAGUUGGAACCUGUUCUUCUUUGCCCUAGACACGAUCAAAGAGGUGCAAUCCAUAACAUGAGAACAUUGGGUAAAAGGACGCUCAAUGGUGAACUCAAACCUUUGAUGCUGUUGUUCAUCGAGGACAUUGCCAGACUUACAAAUUCCAGGUGUACGGGACCUCAACUCAAGGCACAAAACUACAUGAAGAUGGUUGAAAAAUUCAGCGAGACAGAGGAGGAAAUGGCUGCAAAAUUCAGAGCACCUACAGAGUACAGAAAAGAAAAGGAGAAGGAGAAGGAGAGAAAGGAACUUUCGUGCGAUAGUUGCAAAAUUGGCGCUUCGCCGAAAUGGUGGCCUUCUUCAAAGAAUCCCGGUGCUGUAAUUUGCCGCAACUGCCACCUUCACGACGACCCUGACAGGGACCAAUCUGAGCUUGAAGGGGACCAACUCGCUAAAGAGCUCAACGAGCCAAUCAGAGCUGAGCAUUUUGGACUUCAAGACCCCCUGGACCACAUUCUGCAGGUGUACAAGCAACCUGAGGCUCCAAACGUGGAAAGGUCCAUGAUCACUUUGAGCGAAAUUUUGUGGUGA